AUGAGCAAUUCAAAGUACAAUAAGUACCCUUACAAAUACUUUGAAACGAAUCACACAUUUCAGUAUCUUUUUUGGUCAACAGAAAAUUUAAACAUUAAAAUGGAAAUCGCUAUAAUGUUGAACGUAAAAUCGUUUGUUAAAGCGACAGUUAAGGAACGUGUGAGAAUAUUCAAAGAAAAUGAACUAUCCAAACAGCAAGCGGCUUACAAAGACUUCAUGAUCAAAAGUAAUGAAAAGUACAACUUAUCUUCAGACGAUAUUGAAUGCUUAGCGAAUAUUUUAACGUCUGAUGAAGAUCAUUUUGAUGAUUUGAAACGUUUGGAGACAUUGCAAACCCUAACGAUCGGGGAAAAGUACGAUUUGAUUGAAAACGCUCAAAAAUUAUACUACGAUAAUCUUCCGAAAUACAUUUCAUGGGAAAAUGAGAAAACAAAUUUCAACUGUAUCUACAACGAUAUAAACUUCAUAUGCAGCCUUAAGCAUAACGACACAUAUUUCUCGUUGCUGAGACUUAAUCACACCUACAAACUGCCCUACCUAAAAGAGAAAUUUAUAGGCGGGGAAUGCCAAAUAUGUCUGGAGAAAUUUUUAGAGAUGUCUUUCGUCUCCAAACUGAGAUGUAAGCAUUCGUUUCAUCAGAAGUGUUUAAAAAUUUGGUUGCUGGAAAAAGAGAGUUGUCCAAGUUGUAGGAGUAGGGUGAUUAAGAAUAUGCGAUUUGAAUCUUUUUAUAAUGAGAGUAUUAAAGAUGAUGGAAUUGUAGAACUUUCGAUAAUUUUAUAUACUGAAGCAACUCGUUUAAAAUGUUGA